AUGAGCACUGUAGGUUUGCUUCAGCCGUUGCCCAUCCCUAACCAAGUGUGGGAAGAUAUUUCUAUGGAUUUCAUCAUGGGGCUUCCGAAAGCGAAAGGGGUUGAUACAAUUUCGGUGGUAGUGGAUCGUCUGACUAAGUAUAGCCAUUUUUUACCUCUCAAGCAUCCGUACACAGCCAAAGUGGUAGCGGAUCUGUUUAUCAAAGAAGUGGUUCGAUUGCAUGGGUUUCCCCGUACCAUUGUUUCCGAUCAAGAUAGGGUUUUCAUGAGCAACUUUUGGAGCGAAUUGUUUAAACAAUCGGGUACCCAAUUACACAUGAGUUUCGCAUACCAUCCGCAGACAGAUGGUCAAACAGAGGUUCAACACCACAUGAAGACUUAUGCUGAUCACCAUCGCCGAGAAGUUACGUUUGAGGUUGGGGACUCUGUUUAUUUGAAGUUGCAGCCAUACAGAUUGAGAUCUCUUGCUCGUCGACUUAAUGAGAAACUUAGCCCGCGGUUUUAUGGUCCAUUUGUCAUCACAGACAGAAUUGGGGCAGUUGCAUACCAGUUGGCACUACCACCCUUAGCUCGUAUUCAUGAUGUUUUUCAUGUUUCGCAAUUGAAAAGGGCAACUUUUCCAAUUCCCAAUAGUCAACCUCUACCAGCAGCUCUCAAUGAAGAUCUCAUUUUACAACUUGAACCUGAAGCAGUGUAA